CUUUACUUAUUCAUGUGACUUAAAGCCUUGUGUUAAGUGUUAACAACAACAACCUAGAUGAGAUGACAUGAAAUGAAAUGAAGCAUUAAAUAUAAAUAUAACAAAAAAAACACAACUUUUGGAUUUAAAGGCACUUAAUGAAAAUUCUAGCUGUGACUCUCUGCAGACAGCAAGGCCCAUUCUUUCAUAUUUCUUUAAGUUUGGUUCUUCUGACAAGUCACAAGGUCAGGUUUAGUAGUAUAUAGUGUAUAGUACUCAAUAAGUUAGGCAUAAGGAUUCAUGGAAAUGGCAACAUAAAUCCAAAAGUGUAUCAUAGAUCUUUGUCUUUACAUAUUUUCAUAUUGCAAAGACAAGUGUGCUUUCCUUUCUUGCCUUAAAAGAUGGCUGCUGUCACCCUUAACAUAUUGGAAAACCAUACUUCCCUCUCAUCCAAAGGAAAGAAUUUCUGAUUCAAACCAAGAUAGAUAUGUUUUUCAGAAGCAGCAUAGCCUCAUCAUCUCACAGAUAUUUGUGGUUGAUAUAAAAGAUAAAAAGAAAACAUUAACACAAGUUAGUUAGUUCAGUGUUCUAUGUCUAGGAGCAAUUUAAACAGUGAAAAAACAAAGGGAUGGAACAUAUACACAGCAUCUGCAGCAGCUCCAUCAUCAUAUAGGGGAGUUGAUGAAGAAGCAGCAGCAGCCGCCGCAGCAGCUCCAUGGAAGGGCUUUGGGACAUCCUCCAUGAGUGCUAUUUCUUUCGGCUUCGUUGCAACCGCCAUUUUGAUAUCAAUGUUUGUAAUAAUGGCCAUAUUUGAACACUUAUUCAAACCCUCUCCAACCCCACAUUCUCAUUCUACGGCCGCAACCGCCCCGCCUUGCAAACAGGGAACAAAUCCUCAAACUGUUGAAGCAUCUUUGUCAGUGUUGAUGCCAGGGCAACAAUAUCCAACUUACAUAGCUCAGCCUGCUCCUCUGCCUUCUUGUCCAAGAGAACAGGCUUAUUGGCCUUCUCAUGAUCAUAAUUUUCUAUUUUGUUAGAUCCUGCUAUCAACUCUAUUUAUGUAUUCUUAUCUGUGUUGAUUGUAUACACAGAGAGAUACUAGUAUAUAGAUAGGGUAUUUUACUAUUUAUUUAUAUAUCAAUUUGUAAGCCUGAGCCCUUCUUUCAUCUAAGUUGGUUUGAAAUUCCAAUAAAUACAGAAGCAAGCACCAAUCAAAACAUCAUGUAAUGAAAAAAUAGCCACCAACCAUGUAUCAUUGGAACAUUGACAAUAUCUACUGCAAUGAAAGGAUGAAUUAGCUAAUCCCAUAGUUGUAUAUAUUUUCUCAAUGAACUUAGAUUCAUAUAUAUAUAUAUAUAUA